CUUUUUUAAAACCUCCCUCCCCCGGAUCCUCCCAUCCGCCUCGACCACUUCGUCUUCCACCACCCUCCUCAUACUCACCUUGUAGAGGGUAGACGAGUGACAAACAUCAUUCAAAAUGUCUGCAAAGCCAGCGGACGCUUCCCGGUCUCGUGCCGCGGACCCCAAGAAAGUUCACAUUGCCGACACCGCGAUCAACCGCCAGAACUGGUACAAGCAUGUUAACUGGCUGAACGUCUUCCUCAUCAUCGGCAUCCCUCUGGGUGGCUGUAUCCAGGCCUUCUGGACGCCUCUUCAGCUGAAGACUGCCAUCUGGGCCGUCAUCUAUUACUUCUUCACCGGUCUGGGCAUCACUGCAGGAUACCAUCGUCUGUGGGCUCACUGCUCCUACUCCGCUCGUCUUCCUCUCCGUAUCUGGCUCGCUGCCGUCGGUGGUGGUGCCGUUGAAGGUUCCAUCCGCUGGUGGGCUCGUGACCACCGUGCUCACCACCGUUACACCGACACCGACAAGGACCCCUACUCCGUUCGCAAGGGUCUGCUCUACUCUCACCUGGGAUGGAUGGUGAUGAAGCAGAACCCCAAGCGCAUCGGCCGUACCGAUAUCUCUGACCUGAACGAAGACCCCGUCGUUGUCUGGCAGCACCGCAACUAUCUCAAGGUUGUUUUCGGCAUGGGCUUGGCUGUUCCCAUGCUCGUUGCUGGCCUUGGCUGGGGUGACUGGUUGGGCGGCUUUGUUUACGCCGGUAUUCUGCGUAUCUUCUUCGUCCAGCAGGCCACUUUCUGCGUCAACUCGCUCGCCCACUGGCUCGGUGACCAGCCCUUCGACGACCGCAACUCUCCUCGUGACCAUGUCAUCACUGCUUUGGUCACUCUGGGUGAGGGUUACCACAACUUCCACCACGAGUUCCCCUCCGACUACCGCAACGCUAUCGAGUGGCACCAGUACGACCCCACCAAGUGGAGCAUCUGGAUCUGGAAGCAGCUUGGUCUCGCCUACGACCUCAAGCAGUUCCGCGCCAACGAGAUCGAGAAGGGCCGUGUCCAGCAGCUCCAGAAGAAGAUUGACCAGAAGCGCGCCAGACUUGACUGGGGUACUCCCCUCGACCAGCUUCCCGUCAUGGAGUGGGAUGACUAUGUUGAGCAGGCCAAGAAUGGCCGUGGCCUCGUUGCUAUUGCCGGUGUUGUUCACGACGUGACCGACUUCAUCAAGGACCACCCCGGUGGCAAGGCCAUGAUCAACUCCGGUCUCGGCAAGGACGCCACUGCUAUGUUCAACGGUGGUAUCUACUACCACUCCAACGCUGCCCACAACCUGCUCUCCACCAUGCGGGUUGGUGUCAUCCGUGGUGGAUGCGAGGUUGAGAUCUGGAAGCGUGCUCAGAAGGAGGGCGUCGAGUAUGUCCGCGAUGGCUCCGGCCAGCGGGUCAUCCGCGCCGGUGAGCAGGUGACCAAGAUCCCCGAGCCCAUCCCUACCGCCGAUGCGGCAUAAAAGACUCGUUCAUGACUACCACCUAUCAUGAAUGUACCAUUUGCGUCCUGUUUCCGCCUCUGGCGAUGUCUCCUGUCUUAUAAUUUAGCACACAGGGCGUUUGAUGAUAUUCCGAGUGUUGGGAGUUUCCGGAGUUAGCCUUGACUUUGUUUUUUUUCUUCUUUUUUACCCCGCAGACAGAGCGUGUCUAGUUUGAUGAGUGGCUUGCGCAUUUGAAAAGCGACAUGAUAUGAUCGAAACUCCACAAUGCUUGUUAAGAAUAGAGCAAUGAAGAUAUCCACAUCAAACUUUGGU